AACUUACAUAACGGUCAAUUAGCAGAUUGUAGGGUGAAGAAGAGUGUGGAAGAGGGAGAUGGCGAGCUUGAAGCCGCCCUUCUCUCUACAAACCAGACAUGUCGCCCAAUUCCUCUUGCCAUUUCCGACUUCAAGAUUCUACUCUCCCUUCGCCUCUCGUAGUAGAGAUUACAGAGGCUUCACCUUGCAAUCUCUUGCAUCAAUUGAUCCUUGUUCAUUCAGCUAUAGGCGUUCCCAUGCGAAAAGGCUCGUUGCAAGUGCUUCAGCUCAGCCCUUGACUGGGGAGUUAGUGGAAGAAAAACUGUUGGAUCCUUCCACGAGUGGUGACUCCAUCCGCAGAAGAUUUCUUGAGUUUUAUGCUGCGAGAGGUCACAAAAUUCUCCCGAGUGCUUCUCUAGUCCCGGAGGAUCCAACAGUUUUGUUAACGAUUGCUGGAAUGCUUCAGUUCAAGCCUAUUUUCCUUGGGAAGGUGCCUCGAGAAGUACCCUGUGCUGCCACCUCUCAGAGAUGCAUACGAACAAAUGAUAUAGAGAAUGUAGGGCGAACCUCCCGGCAUCAGACAUUCUUUGAAAUGCUUGGGAAUUUUAGUUUUGGAGAUUACUUCAAACAGGAGGCUAUAAAAUGGGCCUGGGAACUAUCAACAGUGGAGUUUGGACUACCAGCUGAAAAUUUAUGGAUCAGUGUGUAUGAAGAUGACGAUGAAACUUUUGCAAUAUGGCAUGAUAAGAUGGGUGUUCCAGCAAACCGCAUAAAGAAACUCGGUGAAGAGGAUAACUUCUGGACGAGUGGAGCGACUGGUCCGUGCGGACCAUGCUCUGAAAUUUAUUACGACUUCCAUCCCGAGAGAGGGCAUUCAGAUAUUGAUCUUGGAGAUGAUUCGAGAUUCAUAGAGUUCUACAACCUCGUCUUUAUGCAAUACAAUAAAAAGGAAGACGGAUCACUCGAACCCUUAAAACAGAAGAACAUAGAUACUGGACUUGGGUUAGAGCGCAUGGCUCGCAUUCUUCAACGGGUUCCAAAUAAUUAUGAAACUGAUUUGAUUUUUCCUAUUAUCAAGAAGGCUGCGGAUUUGGCAUACGAGUCGUAUUCGCUUGCAGAUGAGUCUGCAAAAACGAACCUUAAAAUAAUCGGAGACCACAUGCGUGCAAUAGUUUAUCUUAUAUCAGACGGUGUUUUCCCAUCAAAUAUUGGAAGAGGCUAUGUGGUUCGUCGUCUGAUCAGGAGGGCAGUAAGAACCGGAAGGCUGUUAGGUAUUAGGAGAGAUGGUGUGGGAGGCCUUGAAGGUGCGUUUUUGCCAAUUUUAGCUGAAGAAGUUAUCAAAUUAAGCACCAAUAUUGAUCCAGACUUGAAGACACGAACUCCCCGCAUCCUUGAGGAGUUGAAGAGGGAGGAGCUUCGCUUUGUUCAGACACUCGAGAGAGGAGAGAAGCUUCUUGAAGAAAUCUUAACUGAUGCGUUGUCGACUGGACAGAGGAACGGGACUGUGCCUUGUAUAUCUGGCAAGGACGCGUUUCUUCUCUAUGAUACGUAUGGUUUUCCAGUGGAGAUAACUAGUGAAGUUGCUGAGGAACGGGGCGUUGGUAUAGAUAUGGUUGGUUUUGAUGUGGAAAUGGAGAAUCAGAGACGCCAGUCGCAGGCUGCACACAACACAGUAAAGCUCUCUGUUGGAGAUGGAGCGGAGUUGACAGAUAACAUUCCAGACACCAAGUUUCUUGGCUACGACACACUUUUUACUAGAGCAGUGGUUGAGGGUCUCUUAGUAAAUGGUAAGCCAGUAGGGGAGGUUUCUGAGGGAAAUGAAGUUGAAGUGUUGCUAGAUAGAACCCCGUUCUAUGCUGAAUCGGGAGGGCAAAUUGGGGAUCACGGGCUUCUGUAUGUAACCAAUGCUCAGGAAAAUAAGGAAGCCGUCGUGGAGAUACAAGACGUGCAGAAGUCACUUGGCAACAUAUUCGUUCACAAAGGAACUGUAGUGAAAGGCCUAAUCAAUGUAGGUGGAGAAGUUGAAGCUGAAGUCGAUGCAAACUUGAGGCAACGGGCAAAGGUCCAUCACACUGCCACACAUCUCCUUCAGUCUGCUCUCAAGAAAGUGGUAGGUGACGAAACCUCUCAAGCCGGCUCUUUGGUGGCGUUUGAUCGCCUCAGGUUUGAUUUCAAUUUCAAUCGACCUCUUCGCGAGAAUGAGAUUGCAGAGAUCGAAUUGCUGAUCAAUCAAUGGAUUGGAGAGGCGACACUCCUUGAAACAAGAGUGAUGGCGUUGGCUGAAGCUAAAAAGGCUGGAGCUAUCGCAAUGUUUGGUGAAAAAUACGGAGAAGAGGUACGCGUUGUGGAGGUUCCCGGUGUCUCCAUGGAGCUAUGUGGUGGCACACAUGUAAAGAACACUUCAGAAAUACGCGGUUUCAAGAUAAUAUCCGAGCAAGGGAUAGCUUCGGGAGUCAGACGCAUUGAGGCCGUGGCUGGCGACGCUUUUAUAGAGUAUGUCAUCACCAGAGAUAACUACUUGAAGCAGCUCUGCUCUACUCUCAAAGUAAAUGCUGAAGAUGUUACAGCUAGAGUGAACAAUCUUCUCAAGGAUUUACGCGAAGCAAGGAACGAGGUCUCCUCUGCUCGUGCAAAAGCAGCGAUCUACAAAGCAUCGAGCAUCAUUAGCAGCGCGUUCACAGUAGGAUCUUCGUCUAAGAUAACAGUGCUAGUGUCGAGCAUGGAGGACAUAGACGCUGAUGCAUUGAAGAGUGCGGCCGAGUAUCUCGUGAGCAAUCUGCAAGAUCCAGCAGCGGUGAUCUUGGGUUCAUGUCCAGAUGAAAAGAGGGUUAGUUUGGUGGCUGCAUUUUCUCCGGGAGUGGUUAAACUCGGGUUGCAAGCGGGGAAGUUUGUGGGGUCGAUAGCGAAGGUGUGUGGCGGGAGAGGCGGGGGGCGCCCUAAUUUUGCUCAGGCGGGUGGGAGCGAGCCGGAGAAUUUGCCGGCAGCACUUGAGAAAGCGCGGGAAGAGCUAGUGUCCGCGCUUUCUGAAGCAACUUGAGUUAUGUUGCUUAACAUAAUAAUGUUAAUGUGUGCGGGAAUAUAUUCUUUAUGGUAAAGAUGGAUGUUUAUAUGUUAGAAGCAAAGGAUAGAUUUUGAUUAUAGUGUAAGAAACAUUUGUUAUGGUGUGACAUGCGUUACAGUCUAAAAUUAGCCAUUUCAUUGCUUUGGAAA